UGGAAUACGCCAAGAAGGUCAACUCCGAGCUGGUUGCGCUGCUCAAGGAGCGCAAUCUCCCGCACAGCGGCAAGAAAGCAGACCUGGUCAAGCGUCUCGAAGAGGACGACGCGAAGCAGGCGUCCCAGAAACCCGCAAACAACGAGGACGAGAUCGACUUUGAAGACGACGAACCAGCCACAGAGACCGCCAAAGCCGCGACUACCGAAGCUGCAGCAACCGCUAUAGCUGCAGGUGGUCAAGGCGCCGUUCAGAAUCCGCAAGCUGUGCCAAACCAGGAAGCGGCAAUCGACCCAGCACAGACAGACGACUUGACGGUAGCGGCGGCACCCACCGAUGCAUCGACAGCAGAUGCCGAAGCAGAGAAGAAGCAGGCUCGUGAGGAGGAAGAGAGCGCCAAAUUCAGGGCCGGCCUAGCUGAGCGCACACUUGACGAGGAGAUUGAGAAGCGCAAGGCACGAAGAGCGAGAUUCGGUAUUACAGAUGACGAUGAAGAGCUCAAGAAGCUGGAGCGCGCAAAGAGGUUCGGAACAACCGAUUUAGUUGGACUCGUCGAUCUGAACAAGGCUUUGCCAAUGUCAGAGGACAGGAAGCAGAAGAAGCGAGGCCGAGAGGCCGGUGCAAAUGACAGUGGGGUUAGGAAGAAGAGCAAAGGACCUGCACCUGCGGCCACGACGACGAAAAAGCAGGGCGGCAAAGCGAAGGGUGACAAGUCAGCGAAUGGAGGAUAUCCUAGCUGGAUGACGGAAAGUGACAAGGCUGCUGCUGAAGCCCGCAAAGCGAAAUUUGCAGCAGCUUGAAAACGAUACUACCUACCUACUCACAUGCUUCUAUUACCGGGCGGCAUAAGGCCAUUGCCGCGGCGAGGCUCGAAAAUGCAAGAUUAUCACAUGGUCGCGCAGACAUACCUUUAGGCAGCGGUUGCUCUCCGAAUGGCGAUGUUCUCACACGUUUUAAUGGCCGUUCCUGCGUUCACUACCUACCUACCUACCUGUCACACAACAAAGUCCGGCCACCACAUUAUCGCAAUUCAAACCUCAUGUUGCUUCUUUGCCCAUGAGGAUCAUUCUUCUGUCUCGGGCUUGAGUACUGGCAUUCCCGGGCUGCUCAUGCCUCGGAAUGCUCUCUUGAACCAAGCCGUUCUUGUACCACUGACAGGCCGGGCGAGUCCCGGACCAUCGCAUGCUCGAUUGCAGCGCGUUCAUCCUGCUGAGCGGCUACAUUGAUGCGUGCUUUGUCAUUGCAUUCGCGUCUGACGGGAACGCUUUCUAACUUUGCUGAGAGGCGAUCAUGUAGUCCCCUCACAAUUUCAACUUGAUUCCAGGACUCCACAGCUGGACCUCAGGAAUGUCGCGGUAGUUGCCUGGAAAGUACUGUGGCGACAGUGUCUUUUUCACUACUUUCCCGGUUGGAGACUUUGGGAGCUCAUCUUUGAUAAUGCGUAAUACGGUUGGCAGCUUGUAGCCUGCAAGUCGAUGUCGGAGAUCAUUGCGCAGUUGUGCUAUGGGGACGACGUCUGCGAUAUUGACAUGUGUAUUCGAAGGCAUUUCGGCGGCGCUCUUGAGCACUACUGCUGCAGCUACACGCUCCCCAUAUUCAUCGUCAGGAACACCGACGACCAUGGCCUCUGCGAUAUACGGCAGAGAUAGAAGCUCGCGUUCGAUGUCGAGGGCACUAAUCUUGUAGCCUCCUGUGAACGAAACACUCCAGGUCAGCUGAAGCAUACAACAAGUCGCAAUCUACUCUUACCGCUCUUGAUGAUAUCUACUGAUGCGCGUCCGAGAAUCCAGUAGUAUUCACCUUCUCUCCUCGCGAUAUCGCCGGUCUUAUAGUAUCCGUCCGAGGUAUGCGAAGCUGCAGUGGCUUCGGCGUCAAACAGAAAUCUGCUGAACAUGCCGGAACUCUUGGCGAGGAUCUCUCCCUGAUCGCCUUCAGAUAGUCUGACAUCGGAGCCUGGUUGAAUCGUGCCAACGGAACCAUCUGGCACCUUGCCAUCUCCUACGCGGACCUUGAAGACCGCUCCAGUCUCCGUCAUGCCGUAUCUCAGUAGGAUCUGUCGUCCUAAUAGAACCGUCCACCAAUCUGCUAUGGUCUUGGGAAGAGCCGAUGUUCCGCAGAUACAAGCACGGAGUGCACGGGCACCGUCAAUGUACUGCUGUGCAUCUGAUCGCAACGCUAGGUUCUGCUCAAAGUACCGCAUCAAUCGCAUGUAAAGUGUUGGCACGCCAGAAAAGAAGGUGGUGCCACCUCGUUUCCAGCGUUCCCAAAGCCAUU